AUGUCCACUAGUGAAUAUGAACGCAUGCCGCCUGUAUAUAAACUCGACGAUUACGACUCUUGUCUUCAAAAACCUAGCGACGUCUACUGUUUAUUGCAUUUCACACUGGUAUCCGAUGAGCCGAGUGAACUUCUCCAAAUGAUUGAGCGUUACAUAUACAAUAAAACAUCGGUCUCAGACAAAACCCUUGAGGGAUGCCUGAAUCAAUCUUUUUGGAAAGAAUACCAAUUAAGAACAAAAAUAGAACACUAUUCCUGCUCCAGUUUAGCUGAUAACGAGGUCGAAAUUGAUGUUGCUGAUAUCAUAACAGGAUUUAUAGUAUUGGUUUUAAUACUUUUAAAUAUAUUCGGAAGCCUUUACGAUAUCUACAAUACGAAUAAAAACGAAGGUAUGUUAGCAUGUUUUUUUUUAUCAUUUUCAAUAAAACGAAACUGGAAAAUGCUAACCUCAACAAGACGCUCUUUGGAUCCGCGUUUGCAAAGACUUAAAAGUUUGAACGGAUUGAGGUGUAUUUUGGCGUACGGCGUGAUAGUAGUUCACUGUGUAAUACCGUACAUGGUUGCCGUUGAAAAUGUUCAUGACUAUGAAUUGUCAUACUCCAAUAUAUGGAAACAUGUGUUUUUUAAUGCAUCACUUAUGAUGCAAACCUUCAUUGUCAUUUCUGGAUUCUUUCUGGCUUAUAAAAUUGAAAUAAGCUUUGAGAACCAACAAUUAAACUGGAGUAUGGUUCCUAAGGGAAUAAUCAUCAGAUAUCUCAGAUUGACACCAGCCUAUGCUUUUAUUAUACUUCUGACGGCAACAUGGUUUAAAUUUUUAGGACCUGCACCGCUAUGGGAGUUUGAUGUUUUUCAGGUAACAGGAAACAUAAUGGUAUCGGAUUGUAGACGGCGGUGGUGGUUAAAUCUCCUAUACGUGAAUAACUACGUAUACGACUCCCAGUGCUUGCUGCAGUCUUGGUAUCUCGCUGCAGAUAUGCAACUGUUCUGCUUUGGCCUCGUCCUAUGCAUACUACUCAAAAACUACAGACUGAAGAGGAAGAUAUUGACAUUUCUUUUUCUCAUUGGUAUUUCAAUGGUUGCCGUUCACACCUAUAUUCGGGAUCUUUAUCCUAUCUUCAUAAUUUGGCCGAGCGACGGCAGUUUAUUUUUCAAGACGGAUCCUACUUUUAACGAGACUUAUAAAAUGGGUCACGGUAAUUUUGCCAGCUACAUUAUAGGAAUAUCACUCGGUUACUUCGUGUACAAGUGGCAAAACAAGGAAGUAAAUAUGAAAAAAUAUUCGACAAGCGGAGAAGGAACCUCUGUACUUAAGAGUGAUUUACGCCUCUUUGGCUAA